AUGGCAUCCUCUUCACUGGCGCGCAACGUGAAUUUAAAUCGUUCGGGGGAUCAUAUAGGUGGAACGCGUCUGAACGGGUCUGCCGCUGCGCCUUUCCCUAUCCGCGAUACCAUCUCUGGCUUAGCCGACUCUUCACCUUUGUAUGCAUCUGUAUCUGUUGCUGAAUCUCCACUCUUCGCGCACCCCUUUGCUGUUCGCUCCGGGCCCAUCCACGGCCCGUCUUAUGCUAAGAUUGCUCGCGCUAUACCGGACCAACCUGUAUGUAUAGGUGAUGGCUUAGAUGUUCCUGCUCUCGGUUUGCUCUCUACUCUUGUACUUCCUACUAUUGUCGGUCUAUGUAUCUGGCUAUUAUUUGCUAUUCUGCGUCCUCGUUUUCGUCAGGUGUAUGGCGUGAGGGAAUGGUUUGCACCGCGAGGCCUCCGACCAGCCCAUCUUAGCCACUCUUUUUGGGCUUUCCUCCUACCGGGAGUACCAAUCAAACCUUCUCUUUCUAUUGACCGCUUGGGCAGUGGGGAAUCUGCAGCCAAAGAUGCCCACACGUACCCUUCUGACGAGGAGUUAAGCCAACGGACUCUGUGGAUCACUAUCCUUAUCGUUUCUGGAUGGACCAUCCUCGGUGUAGGUGGGCUUCUUCCAUUGUACAUGGCAGCCUUGCCUUGCCUUGCGCAUUCGACGCCGCCAUUCGAGUAUCACGGACAGUACUCAACGUUACAGGACCUCAGCUUACUUCGGCUCCUCCAAAGUUUGCCCACCGGCACGGAUUUUAGUGACCACUUCCUAACUGCGCCAUAUGUGCGCGUCCGGCUUAUCAUCCUCGUCAUUAUCGCUGUUUUGUUGGCAUUAGCGCCUGCGCUGUGGCUGAUCCUGCGCGAGUAUAACAAACUGGUCGAUUACAGAGAGCGUUGGGUCAGCGUGCGCUGUCACGGUGUAGAAAUGGGCUGGCUCGGGGCGGGCCAAGCGCCCGGAGUAGUUGGCUGGGGAGAGAAGCGCUUGAAAGAGUUCAUCAUCAAGAAUGGCCUGAGCUCUUCCAUGGAGGUGGAUGAAGGGACGAAUGGGCACCCGAGGCGGCAAAGAAAACGACGCGCCGCUGAUGCAAACGGAGCCGAGAAGGCAACGGGUGAAGUCGACAUCCAAAAUCUGUUCUCCAUAGGGGACACGACCGAGAUUGCUCUCCUCAUUGAUGAAAGGGAUGAGAUUCUGGAAAACCUCGAAAUUGCGGAGACCAAGUACGUUCAGAGUUUCCGCUUUACCACACCCGAGCCAUCUCUCCAAUUCCAACUUCCAACAAUAUCUGAGGAGCCUAAUUCGACUAUGAAGCUUGAGAUUAGCCGGCCCCGUCCAUUAGCAAGUGCUGCGAACGGACGCAAGAGACGGCGAGGGCGUAAUCCCGCCUCAGGGUCAUCAUCGUUACCCCCGACGUCAUAUGUCAUGCCUUCGCAGUACUACAAGCUCCGUGGCGUACGAGGAGUCAACGGCGGCCACCUCACUGAUGUCGAGAGAGACGUGCUUCCCUCGAUGAGGGGACCAAGCCUCGCCGAAUCGAUCAAUUCCAGGGUCGUCGGUAGUCGUUUCCAGGAGGUGAACGCGAGCUCGCCCACGAUUGGUCUGGUUCCCAUGGGAAGUCAGGUGACGGUCAACAAGGACGGCCAGCUCGAAGCGGUGAGAGCCCCCGACUCGCCGUACAUGGGCGCGGAACCGGGAACGUGGGCGCAGGACGAUGUACAUUCAUCAUGGGACACUGCUGCGUUCCACGAUACACCUUACAAUCCGUGGAUCAAUCAUAGUUCGCAGGACCAUAUAUUAAAUGGCUCGGAAGAAGACUGGCACGAUGUGCUAAACGAGGAUCCCGAGGCCUUCCAAAACGCCGAGGAAUACCCUGAAGAUACCCGCAGACGUCCGAGACCGCCCCGUGCCAAAGAUGGCGUGAACGCACAUCGCGAAUCGUUCCCUCUCCGCAAUCGCAACACGAACAAAGGCGAGGAGCUGCCGCCGCCGCACCUGCGGCUGCAGCCCCAUCAGCCAUUCGUAAAGCCAGUGUCGGGAGUUGACCACCGAGCACUUGGGGAGAUCUAUGAGAACAUCGGGAUAUGGCGAUCGAGACUGAAGGCUAUCAACGCUCAGAUAUCUGAGGCGCAGCGGAUCGCGUACAACGACAUCGCCGAUGGUGUUCGUAUCAAGGGCUGGUUGAUGAUCGGCCGCGGUCUACGGUUCAUACCAGGCAUACAGCUGAUCGAAGGCAGAGCCAAGGAGGAUAUACGAUGGGACGAGUUACAGAAUGAAGGUGGCUUCGCUAGAACGCUCGGCUUCUGGACAGCCGCUGUCAUGAUUUCCAUCAUCCUCGCGGUCAUCCUCAUGGCCGUUGCAGCGUUAUACCUCAGCACAGCCCCUGACUUUGCACAUUAUUUCCCGUUCCUUAUGCGACUAGACGAGGGAAAUGAGUUGGGAGCAGGGGUUGCUACGUGCUUGGCAGCCGCGCUCGCCGCCGUCCUGUUCAUCUGGGUAGUCCUCGCAAUACUCCAUUACUUCGGACCGCUGUAUAGGACGGCUUCUCUCUCGCAUUUGCAAUUAGUCAUGUUCAAGACGACAUUUUGGGUUCUCAUCCUGGUCGGAGGCGCUUCUUUCUUCACUGCUGGUGCACUGCUCUCUGCAAUGCACUCGUUUAGCACCUCCAUUGGUGUGACUGCUUCUGUCGCGGACGGCAUCGUUUACAUGAGUGCAUUCGCGCUGAUCCUCCUGCUCACUGUUGCAGUGUCUUUCCCCGGGCUCCUCUUGCUGCAACCUCUACGAUUGUGGCGAGUGUUUUGGGCUGAGAAAGCAGCCAUAACGUCGCGGCAGCGCUUCAGAGCUGUAUACCCACGAACGUACAAUCCAUCGUAUACUUUGAGCUGCGCAGUGCUCGCGUUCACUUAUGCGAUGGCGUUCACGUUGCUAUUCCCGCCGGUUGCUCCUGCUGCACUGCUUUUACUGUCUCUCGCGUUGAUUGCACAUCGCUUCCUGGUCACGUACGUCUAUGGUCGCACAACCUCUUCAACGGGUGGCCUCCUCCAAAUCUGGUUGCUGCGGCGCUUCAGUACUUUGCUUGCGGUGCAGCCUCUAAUAUUGGGUCUCGUAUUCCUGAGCAGGGAAUUGUGGGUCGAAGGUGGCAUCCUGUGCGGGUUCGCUCUGUUUGUCGUGAUCUUCACGGAGGGUUACUGCAAUCGGAGAACCAUCCAGCCUGGCAAGCAGUUACUCAAUCCGAUAACGCUCGAUCGUCUGCAGUCCUUCAUUCGCAUGUCGCAGCCCGGCGAAAACGGUUUAGUCGAGGAAGAAAGGCUAAGUGUUGUCGGCUCUGGUAGGCAUGGGCGCUCGCGAGGCUCGUUUGCAUCAAUCUUGGAGAUGCUGUCGCUCACUUUGGCUGUGGUACCAACGUCAUCAGAAACGAGGGGGCCUAUCCCGCUAGGCAAGUGGAAAAAUGAUAGCACGCUUGACGACCUCACCGCUACGGAGCGCGCAGCACGCACGAACCCAGAGGCGCCGCCCCAUCUCCCCCCGCUUCCAUUUGCAGACCACGCCGAGGAGAUGGCAAGCAUUCUGUAUGCCCCAGAAUUGCUCGCGCCGCCUCCUGUCAUUUGGUUGCCGAAUGACACCGGAGGCAUCGGGCGUUCGGAAGCGUAUGACCUUCAGCGAUACCACGAGCUUCGUGUGACUCAGGACGUUCGCGCAAAGGAGGACGCGACCUCUCGCCGGUCGUGGACCUGA